UAUUUUGCGACUAAUGAAAAUCAAAGAUAACCUUAGAUUUGUCAACUACCACACAAAAUCUAAUGCUUUUGGUUAUUCACACCUAGGGCAGACAUAUAGUGUUACAAGGGUAACCCCGUUGCCCCUUGACACUCCGAAUAUGUUGUGUAAAUGUUAGAAAAAAAUGAUGUUUUUCGAUUUCAUUUUUCUUUUUUCGAAACGUUACCCCUACGCGGAUUUUCUACAUCCGCAGCUUUUCACUCCCCAACCUAUUUUCACAAUUGACGACGCCAAAAUUCAGAUCGCAACCACUAAAUCUUUUUAGGUUUUUCAUAUCAGAAAAGAAACGAUGGGGAGUAUUUACAAAAGUCUUUUGAUCAUCAAAAGCCCUAUAAAAAGCUUCAUUGGAUUCACUGAAUCAAGCAUUUCACUUCUAAAACACUGCACUAAUCAUCGUUUAAUAACACAAGGCCAAGUGAUCCAUACCCAUUUAUACAAACUGGGCAUUUCUUCUCACAGACACAUAGCAGUCAAAUUACUAAUCAUGUAUCUAGAUUUUAAAAAAUCAUCAGAGGUUGAUCAACUUCUUAAAGAUUACAACACCUUUGACAUGAUUGUCCACAACUGUUUGAUAUCUGCAAAUGUUAAUUGGGCCAAUGUAGAUGAAGCACGCAAGUUGUUCGAUGAAAUGCCUCAACGAAAUGAAGUGUCUUGGACCGCGUUAAUUUCUGGGUAUUUGAAGUGUGGGAGGGUGGAUGAAUCGAUGGAGUUGUUUCGGCGAAACCCGUUUCAGAAUGUGAUAUCUUGGACGGCUGCGAUUAGCGGGUUGUUGUCGAAUGGGAUGCGUUUGGAGUCGUUAGAGUUGUUUUUGGAGAUGUUGAGGGAUGGGGUGUGGCCGAACAAUGUUACGUUUGUUUCGGUUGUGAGAGCGUGUACUGAAAUGGAGGAGUUGGCGUUGGGAGUGAGUGUUGUAAGUUUGGUUGUUAAGCUCGGUUUUGAAGAGGAUGUUUCGGUUUGCAAUUCGUUGAUUACGUUUAGUUUGAGGUUGGGUGAAAUGGAUAUGGCUAGCGCGAUUUUCAAACGAAUGGGUAAACGAGAUGUGAUUUCUUGGACCGCGAUUCUCGACAUGUACGUUGAGAUGGGCGAUUUGCGAGAAGCUCGGAAGGUGUUUGAUGAAAUGCCUGAACGAAAUGAAGUUUCUUGGAGUGCUAUGAUUUCAAGGUACACCCAAAAAGGUUACUCGAAAGAUGCUAUCGAACUUUUUCGCCAGAUGAUCGAAAACAGGAUUAAUCCGAACUCAUCUUGUCUAUCGAGUGCGAUUAAUGCAUUAGCAAACCUUAAGUUGUUGCAGCCAGGUAAAACCAUUCAUGCCCAUGUCACGAAAAUAGGAUUGGCAAAUGAUGUGUUCAUUAGCAGCUCACUUAUCGACUUAUACGGUUCGUGUGGAAGCCCUAACGAUGGGCGUCUAGUGUUUGACACGGUCCAGAACAAGAACGUAGUAUGUUGGAACACGUUGAUUAGCGCGUAUAGCUCAAACGGGCAACACGAAGAAGCUAAGAAGUUAUUUGAUCAAAUAGCCGUUAAAAGUAUAGGCUCGUGGAACUCGAUGGUAACAGGUUACUUAGAAAACGAGCAGUAUGAUAAGGUUUUCGAAGUUUUUAACGACAUGCUACUUUCGGGGCAAACACCAGAUAUAUCCACCUUAUCCAGUGUUUUAUGCGCGUGUGCAAACCUAACGUCGCUACAAAAGGGGAAAGAUAUCCACGGAAAGACAUUCAAGCUCGGGUUUCAACACAAUGUUUUUGUAGGCACUUCUCUCGUUGAUAUGUACGCAAAAUCCGGCGACAUCGAGAACUCUAAACGCGUUUUCAACAAAAUGACUGAAAAAAACGAGGUUUCGUGGACCGCCAUGAUUCAAGGACUAGCCGAAAACGGUUACGCAGAAGAAAGCCUCGAAUUAUUUCAACAAAUGGAGAAAACGACGUGUAUAAAACCAAACGAGCUCAUUCUUUUAGCAAUCUUGUUUGCGUGUUCUCAUUGCGGGCUUGUUGACAAGGGUCUUCACUACUUCAACUUAAUGGAGACAGUUUACAAAAUAAAACCGAACGAGAGACACUAUACAUGUGUGGUUGACAUGUUAUCGCGAUCAGGGCGGGUGCGUGAAGCAGAGGAUUUGAUCAAGUCAAUGCCGUGUGAGCCAGAAGUCAACGCGUGGGCUGCUCUUUUGAGCGGGUGUAAAACGUAUGGUGAAGAUGAGAUAGCGGAAAGAACGGCCGCAACGAUUCAGGAACUGGCGGAACAGAAAUCGGGCGGGUAUGUUUUGUUGUCGAACGUUUACGCAUCGGCGGGAAAAUGGCGGGAAGUUUUGAAAACUAGAAAAUUGAUGAAGGAAAGAGGGUUGAAGAAAAGUGGAGGGUGUAGUUGGAUUGAAGUGAGGAAUGAGUUGCAUUUGUUUUAUGCUCAAGAUGCAAGUGGCAAUGAGUUGAAUGAGAUAUGUGGUGUUUUAGAACAAUUGAAGUAUCAUAUGUUGGUCCUUUAUGAGCAUAACUAGUUUUUGUACCCUUUUCUGUAGACUUUGUUUGAUUUAAACUUUGAUUAUACCCAUUUUUUUA